GUCACUACAUUAGGACAUCAACCUAUAAAAAGUCAAUUUUACAUGCAGGGUGACAGAUUUCAAACUGCUCCUCCAAGAAAGGAAGAUGAGGGGCGCUGCAGUGAAUACCUUCUGUGGGAGCUACACUUCCCAGUAUAAAUGAACGUUGCAGGAUCCCUUUUAGAUGUGCACUGAUUGUCUUGCUGCCUUCUUACCUUCAUGUAUAAAGGGACAAGUUAUCUGAAAGAAGACACGUUUGUCUGUUACUUAGUAGAAACAUUAACUUAACUGAUGCCUCUCCUUUGUUCAGAAAUGUGUGAAGACAGAUGACUUCCAGAUGAAGAUGCAGUGAAGCAAACCAGGAUAAACAAAGUACGGUACAAGCCUUUCUGCCUUGAGGAGAAAAUAUUGCCAGAGGCAGUUACAACUUCUCAAUGAAAAUACUUUUGGAAGUGAAACACUACUGAAGCUCGUGAUAAACUGUGAUGAAAAUAUUAUCCGUGCACCAACAUCUUGUGAAACUAUAGUUUGAAAUCAAAGAAAAAGAAAGAUGGAAAAUAACAAAUCACAGAAUACAACCAUUUGCCCCAGUGCAAGAAACUCUCUUUAUGUAUUUACCAUGAUUCCUAUUGUUUACACUAUCAUCUUUGUUAUAGGGAUUCUGGGUAAUAUUGUGGUAGUGAUAGUUAUUUACAUCUACAUGAAGCUAAAAACAGUUGCAAGCAUAUUUUUAUUUAAUCUGGCACUAGCUGACAUGACUUUUCUUAUAACACUUCCUCUUUGGGCUGCCAGUACUGCUAUGGAAUACCAUUGGCCUUUUGGGAUUGCAUUAUGCAAAUUAACAGCUGGAAUAGUUACUCUCAACUUGUAUGCAAGUAUUUUUUUGCUCACUUGCCUUAGCAUUGAUCGCUAUGUGGCCAUUGUCCAUCCUAUGACAUCCCGUCAAAGGCGUACUUUGGUUUUUGCAAGAUUAAUUUGUAUCAUCAUCUGGGUGCUUGCUACAGUGAUUAGUAUACCUACCAUGUGUAGGCGCAAUGUUAUUAACAAUCACAAUGUGACAUUAUGUGGCUUUGAUCAUAUUGAAACUUCAUUCUUAGUUGGAAUGGGGCUGACAAAAAACAUUCUGGGGUUCUUAAUUCCUUUUAUGAUCAUUCUGUUCUGCUAUUGUCUCAUUGCAAAGACUCUCUUGCAGGCCUAUGAUAUCCAACAAAACAGAUCUAGAAAUGAUGAAGUUCUCAAGAUGCUAAUGGCUGUUGUGGCUGCAUUUUUUCUUUGUUGGAUUCCGCAUCAAGUCUUGACCUUCUUGUAUGUUCUGAUUCAUAAAAAAGUGAUCCAAGACUGCCAUAUUAUAGAUACCAUCGACAUAGCAAUGCCCUUCACCAUUUGCAUUGCUUAUUUCAACAGCUGCCUUAACCCUGUGCUUUAUGGUUAUGUGGGCAAGAAUUUCAGGCGCCAUGUUAUGCAUCUGCUGAAAUGUGCUCCUUCAGGAAUCAGAUCUCACCCAGUUUUGACUACAAAAAUGAGCUCUCUUUCUCUCCGUACUUCUGAGACCUUGUUUGCAACAGCAAAACGGACUAUAAAUGCAUAUGAACUCAAUUAAAAUAAAUUUAGGACUUUACUUACAGAUGGAUAAAGUCAAAUCUGACAUUUAGAAAUAUAUCGACUGCCUGCUAAUGUGAUAACCAGAGUGAAUAAAUGGUACACAGUACUAAGAACAUUGCAUUCCUUUGUAGCAGUAAAACUCUGUGUGACAAAGACUUGUGUUUAAAGUGUCCAGAAUGUUCUUCUGUAUAUUAUAAGCAGAAGAAAACAAAGCCACCUCUAUGAGUGGUAGUUCACCAGAUGUUAUAUAUUAUAUCAGCUAAUAUUUUGCAGUCUGUUCAGUGAAAUAUUUUUAUUAUCAGUAAUAUGCACAUGUUAUUUGUAUAAAGGAAGAAGAAGACAUUCUAGGAUCUGAUUAGAUUUGUAUGCAGUUAUACACGUGCAUACGUUUACUGAUCAAGAUUUUAUACAAUUAUGUUAUUGUAAUAUAUAAUCUCAUAACCAACGCCAAGAAAAAAUUUAAUUUCUUCAGGAACUGGUUUUGCUAGAUGCUGGGCCUUUUGUAAAUCAGUCUUGAGUUUUAGAUGUAACAGUUCUUGAAGUGUGCAUGUUUAUGCUAUCUAGUUAACCACAGCGACACAUUCCAUCCAAAAAUGUUUUCACUUGUUCAUCAUGGAAUUCUGUGUGUAAGAAUCAAAAAAUAAAACGACAUGCAGAGA